AACCCAAACCCGCCGGUCCUCGUCCUCGUGUUGUGGUGCCCGGUCCGAGUUCGAAACCCGGCGAUUUCGCGCCGAAAGUGAUGAUCGCCGUGACGUGUCGCGCGUGUUGUGGAAUAUGAAGUGGCGCCGGAUAGUGCGACGCAAAGUCAGAGACAAACUCGACUGAUCCUUCUUGUAAAGCUUUUUAUUGUGUUGAUUCGUACCCGGAUUAAAUUCCAAGUUCCGAUAGUUUCUUUUUUGAGCCGGUUUUUUGAUCGGCAAAAUUGCCAAAAAGUUGUUCCGUUUGUUAUCAUCUGUGUGACAUUUCGGCGUACUAGGCCGUUGGGAACUCUGGAUUUCGAAGAACAGGUGGCGUGGUAUCAUGUUACAGGGGAUAUCCCGACCAGAGCAAGCAGGAUCUUUGCUCCCACCUCAUCAUCAUCAAUCCCUAAGUCAUCAUCAUCCUUUGGCCCCCACCUCCGGCUGGCCCGGAGGGUCUCCCGAUGACUUAGCGCAUAAAGGACUGAAUUAUAUUUCUGAAGGGCACAGCGGUGUGAACCAGCUGGGAGGCGUUUUCGUCGGUGGACGACCUUUGCCCGACUCAACCCGACAAAAGAUAGUUGAAUUGGCUCAUUCUGGAGCCAGACCCUGUGAUAUUUCUAGGAUACUUCAAGUUUCAAAUGGCUGCGUCUCAAAAAUUUUAGGAAGAUAUUACGAGACGGGCUCGAUCCGGCCUCGGGCGAUCGGGGGUUCGAAGCCCCGGGUGGCGACGGCGGAGGUGGUGGCGCGGAUAUCCCAGUUCAAGCGGGAGUGUCCGUCCAUUUUCGCCUGGGAAAUCAGGGACCGGCUCCUUCAGGAGGGCGUCUGCACCAGCGACAACAUUCCUAGCGUAUCUUCAAUUAAUCGAGUGCUUCGAAAUUUAGCCGCCCAAAAGGAACAAAGUCCUUGUUCCGUUUCACCAGCUAGCGAUUCCGUUUACGAUAAAUUGAGACUUCUCAAUGGGCAGACGACGGCAUGGCCACGACCUAGUCCUUGGUACAAUCCACCAGGGACUGGAGGUAACUCAUUCGCCUUACAACCUAGCAACUUUAGUCCCAAUGCCACCGGAUAUAGUCCAGAAAUUACAGAGCUACCAAUUAAAAAAGGCGUUGAGUUGGACGGGGUAGGAUCGGACGAAACUUGUACUUCUGGUGGUGAUAACUCGAACCCAGGUUCCAGCGUGGGACCGGAGGAUGAUCAAGCCAGACUCCGGCUUAAGAGGAAACUCCAAAGGAAUCGCACGUCUUUCACCAACGACCAAAUAGACAGUUUAGAAAAAGAGUUCGAAAGAACGCAUUAUCCUGACGUGUUUGCUCGGGAGAGAUUAGCUGUGAAAAUAGGGUUACCAGAAGCUCGGAUACAGGUGUGGUUUUCGAAUCGACGAGCCAAAUGGAGGCGGGAGGAGAAGCUGCGGACGCAACGGCGAGCGACGGACCAACAGCAACACCCGACGGUGGGCAGCACCGAGCAGCCCCCCGCCCCCGCCUCCCCCUCCAGGAUAGGCACCUUCACCUCCAACUCCUCCAACAUGUACCCCGCCAUUUCCACGCCUAUCUCCAUGCCCGACUCAUACAGCCCAAUGAGCGGUAUGUCGGGUAGCUUCAACAUAUCGAGCGGGCCUCCUCAAAUGCCUCCCAGCCCCACGUCGUGUCUUCAGCAGAGAGAUUCGUACCCGUGUAUGACGCGGGGGUACGAACCCCUGUCCCUCGGCUCCUACGCUCCGCCCAAACACUCUUGCUACAGCCCCACGCACUACCAACCCAUCAACGGCCAUUCGCACCAAUACUCCUCUGGUGUUUCCUCAACUACCGGUCUAAUAUCUCCGGGCGUGUCUGUGCCAAUCGCAAUUCCGGGUCAAACUCCAGACAUGACGUCACAGUACUGGUCCAGAUUCCAGUGACUGUGGUGGAACUAGGCACCGUCAGAAGCACCCCUUUGUUUACCAAAAAAUCAAGCCCUAGCUGCUCAUCAAAAGCUUCACCUCCGACUUCUUGGACGCUCUGCUCAGCGCGCGAGAGUGCGAAAGGAAAAAUUCUGACCAAUCAGAAUUCGUCCUCCCUCAGCUGGCGAUCCCAUCAAAUUUUCAUGUCAUCAAAAGGAUGAUAGCUUUUAUUUUACGUUCGAAUCUUUUUUCGUUAACCAGCCGUUGCAAAAUAAGGGUUCGCUACCCGAAGAGCGCAAGAUGAAGGACGAUGUGGUCAGAAGGAGUAUGCAGAAAACUGAUUCGUGGCGCUGAUGGCGUGGCGUCCUUUGCGACAUAUCGAUUAUCAUGCCAUUUAAACCUAUGGAAAAGGAUCUAUAAACAGAGUGUUCGCACCGAACACCUUAAUAAUCGAUUCUUUACCAUAGGUUUAAAUGGCAGAACAAUCGAUACAUCGCAAUUCACGCCACGCCUCUGCAGAAUGCCUGUGAAUUCCUCGAGUGCACGGCUAAUUCCGUCAGAAUAUUGCAGUUUUAUCGGAUAUAUGGUAAAUUGUUUAUCGCUGUAUGAUCGAGCGGUACCAUUUUGGUGACGAUCACGGCAAGAUCCAUUUUCCAACGUCCGAGUAUGCUGUGUAAGGUUUCAAUUUGAAAGAUCCAAGAACCUUGAGUUUAUGUAAUUGAGCGUGUGCGGCGGUUUUCUGUGAAGUCCAGAGCCUGCUGAGGCAGGAGAGUCUAGAAUGAUAAAGAUCAAGUCUUUAACGCGACCGGCACAGUUUCACUAUUGACACAAAAGGCGGUUCUCUCAAGUAUUACCGUUUUCCUUUCAUUUAAACCCGUUUUAAAUAUCGAUUCGAUGUGAAGAACGAUCCCGCAGAAUCGAUUUUUUACACGCAUUUAAAUUUAGUAAAACAGUGUUGCUAAUAUACAAGAAUCGCCACCAUAAAUUUUGUCGCUCUGCUCGGAAAAUCAUGCCAUUUUUUUACCUCUUUGUGAAUAAUCCAGUCCUCCUAUGUAGCGACUUAUAGAGUAUGAUUAAUUGUGACAUCUCAGGAGGAGUCCAUUCCGCUUUGAAACAACAUAUGGGCACAAGCUAUUUUGUGCAAUUGCAUUCUCAAUUUUAGCCCCAAAUUUUGGUAGCAUCAUUGACUCAUGAGAUUUUUUCUCCCCUAUAUUCCUUUCUUUUGUUUGAGUCAGGUAAAAUGUAAGCAAGAAAACAUGAGAAGCAUUUCCAUACUUAACUUGUGCGCACCCACUUUUGCGUAAGUUGGGAUUGACGCAUUUUUUCUUGUCGGUAGGAAUGUCCUUUAUUUUAAAUUUAUUUGUUUUUGAAUUUUGAUUUGUUUUUCUAAAGAACAACUGUACCAAGUUUUGCAGCGACAUGUUUAUCAAAAUGGCUCGCAAUUUGUUAAAUAAGGGGUAUUACAGAUAAAUAGGAGAGGUGGAUUAUUUUUCGUAGGGACAAAAAAAAAUCAUAAAUUCAAUAAUAUACGCGAGCUUUCAUUGUAACUUUAAGUUGAAGAUAAACUCUGUGUAUAAAUUCUAUCAUUACAGCUUUGCUCCGGACUUGAUAGCCAAUCUAUUCAGAGAUUCGUUCGGGUUGAAAAGUAACUGAGUUUACGAUCUCACUUCAUUUUUCAUUUGUGAUUCUUUGGCUUUUCCCAACCUUGCAUCAAUGUAAUAUAUUCCAACAUGCAAACGAAAAUCAAUAUUGUACGCGAAUGAAUACGAUAACUGCUGUGAGGCUGAGGAGGCUGAACAUUCUGGAACCUUAUUGUAAAAAUGUUUAGAAUCUUUGUAAAUUUACGAUGCGUUCUUAGUGUAGAUGCAAAUGUUUGUAAGUAUUUUGAAAAGAAAUAAUAUUUAAAGUUUGUAAAAUUAAUGUACAUAAAAAAACGAAUUAGGAUGAUAUGGUGAUUACAAAAAUAAAUUAUUUAAAUGAAAAUAAAA